GCCACCCCCGCCGUUGCCGAUGGUAAGUUAUUGUUUUUGUUACUUUUGUUGCUAGACUAGGCGACUAGCCCCCAUGGGAAUACCGUCCUUCUACCGGCGGCUGGUUGAAAGGUACCAGUGCUCGGUGGCCGACGUGGUGGAAGAAACUCCGUUGAUCGAGAACGACCGUCCCGUUCGCGUCAAUAUCUCCCUAAUCCUAACGGUUACGAGUUCGACAAUCUCUACCUAGACAUGAAUGGAAUAAUCCACCCUUGCUUCCAUCCAGAAGGACAGAUGGUGUUGCUCCACGUGCCAAGAUGAAACAACAAGCGGUGCAGGAGGUUUAGAACCACGAAGGAAGUGGAAGAUGAAGCCUCUCAGAAGGCUGAGAGUCAUGAAUCUGGGGAAAACGAAUUGCCGGUCAAGGGCAAUCAAAGAAGUUGGAUUCGAAUGUAAUCACUCCAGGAACCGUGUUUAUGGAAUUUAUGUCUUCAGCACUCCGUUACUACAUUAACUUGCGCAUGAAUGAGGAGGGCGGGUGGAAAGGAAUAAAGGUCAUUCAUUCUGAUGUCAGUGUUCCUGGUGAAGGGGAGCACAAGAUAAUGUCAUACAUACGCUUCCAAAGAAAUCUUCCUGGCUUCAAUCCAAACACACGGCAUUGUUUGUAUGGUUUGGUAAACGAUGCAGAUCUAAUCAUGCUUGCCUUGGCCAGUCAUGAAAUUCAUUGUUCAGUCCUGAGAGAGGAAGUACGUAAGAUUACCUCGAGAGACAAUGUUACAAAAAGUGGUCAUGACUUUAAAAGUUUUUUUUGACAAGGAGUUUCUCAGCAAUCACCAGCUUUCUUGGACAAUUUAGCACACUACGUUUCUGAGAGAAAAUUUCAGGGGGCUAUUGAUUUGCUUUUGAUGCUUACAAAAAGGAGUUCGUCCGGAUGGGUGGUUACCUGACUGAUUCUUUAAUGGUGAACAUCUAGGAUUCCAGAUGUUUUGUGCUUACUUCCUGAACCAACACUGCGAAUCAUAAAGUCAUCACUUCUUCUGUUUGUUAGGAUGAAGAAAGCGAGUGAAUGGGGCUCUAAUAUCGGUCUGCAGCGCAGACUUGAUAUCAAACACAUGUCGGAGCUGCAGGAUAAGAGUAGAAGUGUAGCCGCUCAAGGAUCAGUUAAUGUCCUGAAAAUUGGCUAAGCUGCUGAGGUUGACAAGGUAGAGAAAUAUAUAGAAGGACUAUCCUGGGAUAUGCACUACUACUAUGAAGGGGUAUGUUCUUGGCAUUGGUUUUAUCCUUUCUAUUAUGCACCGUCAGCUUCAGAUUUUCGUGGUUUUGAUAAUCUAGAAAUCAAAUUCUCACUUGGGAAAUCUUUCAAUCCUUUCGAUCAAUUAAUGGGGGUACUUCCAGCUGCAAGUGCACUUGCUCUCCCUUUGUCCUAUGGGAAAUUGAUGAAGGAUGGCUUAUCACCUAUUGCUGGACUUUUAUCCUGCGAAUUUUGAAGUUGAUAUGAAUGGCAAGCGGUUUUCUUGGCAGGGUAUUUGUAAAUUGCAAUUCAUUGAUGAGGCAGGGCUUCUUUCAGAAAUUGCCAAACUGGAGCACACAUUAACGGCUAUGACGAAGAAAGAAGAGAUUAUCGAAAGUUACUUGACCUAAAAAAACCCCUAAGUCUUGUUGCAUUAUGAGGGGAGUGGGAGUUAACAACCGACAAGUCGAGUUGCAGAUGAUUGAUGCAUCUUUUAUUUUUCUAUGCCCCGCCUUGUUGCGGGGCGCAGAUGGCCUAUGGGCAUGUAUUUGGUCCAUUAUGAUGUUUUGUUAGUAUUAUUAGCCUAAAAUUUAUUUUUAUUAGCAGUUUUGUAAGUAAUAUUAACUUGACAACUUAAAAAACUUAGAAAGCAACAUCGAUAAUGAAAGCAUG